GCUAUCAGUCGAACGUGUCUGUCGCUGAUCCACAAACUUAACAAAUGCCAAACUCCCCCUUGGUCCGUGUUUAUCUAUUUGUUUGAGGUGGGAGCCAUGGCAGGUCCAGAGCUCUUACUAGACUCCAGUAUUCGGUUGUGGGUGGUCCUGCCCAUCGUCUUCAUCACCUUCUUCGUUGGUGUCCUUCGUCACUACGUCACCCAGCUGCUCCACACCGACAAAAAAGUGGACCUGGAGCAGGUGUCUGACAGUCAGGUCCUCCUGCGAAGCCGCAUCCUCAGAGAGAAUGGAAAGUACAUCCCCAGACAGUCUUUUGCCAUGAGGAAGCACUACUUCAACAACGUAGAGACUGGCUUCUUCAAGAAGGUUAAGAGGAAGGUGAUCCCCAAGAACCCUAUGACAGAUACUAGUAUGCUGACAGACAUGAUGAAGGGCAACCUGACCAACGUUCUCCCCAUGAUUCUGAUUGGUGGUUGGAUCAACUGGGCCUUCUCCGGAUUUGUCAUUACCAAGGUGCCAUUCCCUCUGACCCUGAGAUUCAAACCCAUGUUGCAGAGAGGAAUAGAACUGCUCAGCCUGGAUGCGUCAUGGGUGAGCUCAGCAUCCUGGUACUUCUUGAAUGUGUUUGGACUGAGGAGCAUGUACAGCCUGAUACUGGGACAGGACAACGCCGCUGACCAAUCAAGAGUCAUGCAGGACCAGAUGACAGGAGCGGCCAUGGCUAUGCCACCUGACCCCAACAAGGCUUUCAAGAGUGAGUGGGAAGCGUUGGAGAUUGUGGAACAUAAGUGGGCAUUGGAGAACGUGGAGGAUGAGCUCAUGUCCAGAGACCUUAACUUUGGAACCUCUUUCAGCCGGGACAUCAAAUCCACCAUAUUCUAGAACUCAGAUGGAACACCGAGCAGAUUGCUUCUGGAACGCUCUGAGGUUUCAAACCCUCCUAUUUUUUUUUAAGAACUGCCCCUACUGUGAACUGUGCUCAAGACCAUUCAACAGACCAGAAGCCCAAUUAUCGUUGUUAUUAUUAUUAUUACGUAUUCUUUUGAACACCACUGGAUUCUACACUGGAGUUUGAAGGCAAUCACAAUCCAGAACUUAAGACCAGUACUGUUCUGAGGUUUCUAUCAGCCCUGUUUGGUCUUGAAUACUAAAGUGGGUGGGUGAGUAAGUGAUCAAACCAACAGUCCAAGCCAGCAUUAGAGGUUCCAGCACCAUGUUGUCCUAUACACAUAAUGGGCCCAGUUGUAACCUUUUGCUGGUACUUGGGAAGCUCCCCAAAGCAGCCCACAUGAGCCUGGCAUUCAGUAUUAAGACCAAGAUACACAAGGCAGUACAGGUGGUCUCUUUUAACUGUGAUCAGUAGUAUUUUAACCUGCCAUCUCCCGUUAUGUCCUCAAUAGUCACACCAUCUAUCAGAACAUAUAACUUCUCAGAGAACGUCAAGUCGUUAGUAGUUUGACCAAACACCUGGAACUCAAAACAGUAAAAAUGUGUUGUCUUUCAAGGCAAUAAACCUCAGUGAAUGUCUGUAGAUUCAUGAUGCUUUGAUGGAGCCCUGUGCCUGUCUUACGUGUUUGCUUUUGUUUUCGAAGACUAAAUGUGGAACAAGCAUGUUUUUGCUUUUGUUUGCAUUGUUUAAGGCUCUUCCUUUUACUGUACAGAGAUGGUGUGAUGCAAUCAGCUGUAUCACUGAAAUGUUCUGAAUAAUUCAAGGUGCCUGCAGGUGUGUUUUGAGUAUCUACAUGCAAAACAAAAAAUUCUGCUGUUAUACUGGGCCUGGGGCCCAGCAGCCGGAGAUGUGGUCUGAUAAUGUUAAAACUCCAUAGUCUCGUGGACAAAUGGGGUUAAAUGUGUCAAUUCCUGUGUCUUCAAAACAGUGGUUUGGCCUUCAUCUCUGUGCUGUGUUCUGUCUGUCCUGAACAGUUUCAAAGUGUCCUGUUGUCUUUAGGGUGUUAUUUAAAAAUGUGAGAUCUAAAUAUAUAAAUUACUCAUGCAGAGAAAUACAGGUGUGGGAGCAAAGAUGGGCUGUUUUAGUGCCUUGUCUAAGAGAGAGAAGUUGUGAGUGAGCCUCAUGAUGUCACCAAUAAAUGAUAU